AUGGCUGAACCAACAGGACAAGAUGACUUUUCAGUCCUGACCCUCUCGAUUCCUCCCCUUCCGUCCUUGCCCAUCCCGGCCACCCAUUCCGUCUAUCUGCGCAGAAAUGCAAAGAUCAUUACCAAGGACGACACCCGCAGUCUCUUCUUGGUCAAUGUCCCGACAGACAGCACCGAGGCUCAUUUUCGAGCCGUCUUCACCAGCUUGGUAGGCGCCGGCAAGUUCGAGGCCAUUACUUUCGAGCAGGAGGCAAAGGCUGCCAAGACAUCCCACGAACCUGGACAAGCUGUCCGGCUGGCCGCACUCGGCAAGCGAAAGAGAGAGGAGCAAGAAGCCCAGAACAAAAAGGAUGAAGCAGCUGCGCAAUUGCCUGCCAUCUGGUCUAGGCCUCUACGUCGCAGCGGCAGCACAGCUGUCGUCCUACUUGCCGACGAGAAGAGCGUCGACCUUGUCCUCAAGGCCGUGAAGAAGACUCAAAAGUCCAAGAAGUUCCCCGUUUGGGGCGAAGGAGUUGCGGACAAGGUCCCAGCCCUGGGCUCCCAGUGGCUCAAGGUGCACAACAAGCUCUGCUAUCCUGGCAAUGAUGCCAUGCAAGACAUGGUCGACGCCUACUUCACCGUGUACAACAGGAAGGAAGUCGAGGCUGCUCAGCUGGCCAAGGCGAUGCAGAACAUGCCCGAUGAGGACGGCUUCGUCACUGUCACCAGAGGUGGCCGUACCGCCCCUGCCAGACAGGAGGAAGCAGAAGAAGCGAAGCGCAAGAUGCUGGAGAGACAGCAAAAGAAGAAGGACGAGACCCAGAACUUCUACCGCUUCCAGCUUCGCGAGAAGAAGAAGGCCGAACAGGCUCAGUUUCUUAGGCGGUUCGAGGAAGACAAGUCCAAACUCAGAGCCAUGCGAGACAAGCGCCGCAAGAUCCAGCCGGAUACUUGA